AUGCCUUUCAAGGAUAAAUAUACCGACCCUGAGCUUCGCGAUGAGGUCAAGGAAGAGAUUCACCAAAGUGACAAAGGAGGUGCACCUGGCCAAUGGUCUGCGCGCAAGGCGCAAAUGAUGGCCUCGGAAUACAAGAAGCGCGGCGGGGAUUACACGACCGACAAGAAGGACCAAGAUGAAUCGCAACAGCACCUUUCUAAAUGGGGCGAGGAAGAGUGGCAGACCAAGGAGGGCAGCGCGCACGCAAAGCAGGAUGACGGCACGCAGAAGCGUUACCUCCCUAAGAAAGCCUGGGAGAACAUGACUGAGGAAGAGAAGGAGGCGACGGAUGAGAAGAAACAAGAAGAGAGCAAGGAAGGGAAACAGUUUGUCGGCAACACUCAAAAAGCCAAACAGAGCCGGAAGAAGGCGAGUGAGGAAGAAGACGAGGAGUAUGCUGUCAAGAAGCAAAACGAGAAGGCUGCAGUUGAGGACGGCCCGGCUGAGGAAGAAAACGACGAUGACGGAGAAUAUGUCGAAGACGACGACGGCGAAACUCCAGCAGGUUCCGAAAGAGACGAGACGGAAGAUACGGAGGACGCCCCGAAAGGAAGGAAGCGCGGACGGCCUGCAAAGACAGAUUCACCUGCCAAUAAGAAGCAAAAAAGCAAUUCCGGCAAAGGAAAGCAGAAGGAUACCGUCGGUUCCCGGCACGACAAAGCCGAUGCGCCUGCGGAGCAAGGAUCGAACAAUCGGCUCCCGGAAAAGGGACAGCAGGUUCACUGGAAGUCAAUGCCCGGCUGGGUUGACGGGGAGGUCAUUGAGAUCGCAAAGGAGCAGAAGAAGGUCGAGGGCAAAGAUGUGAAGGCCAACGAAGAUGAUCCGAGGAUUGUGCUGAAGAGCAAUUCGUCGGGGAAGAUCUGCGUGCACAAGCCCGAGGCCGUCUACUUCGAUUGA